CUUAUUUAAAGAGAUGGGUGAUCCAAACAAAGAAUAAAUCAAGAAUAUAAAUAAAAUUGUUUGAGUUAAAAAUUUGAUCAAGGCAAAAAUGGGAAGAGUACCAAUCGUGAAUGAAAACUAUUGGAGGGUGAUUGAGGCUGCUCGUCGAGACCUUCACCAUUCUCUCGUCCAAAACAAUAACAACUCUGCUCCUAUCCUCCUUCGCUUAGCAUUUCAUGAUGCAGUGAACUAUGAUGCAUCAACAGGACGAGGUGGUGCAAAUGGCUCCGUCAGGUUUACUCAAGAGUUGAGCCGUCCCCCAAACAAGGGAAUCGAAAAUGCUGUUAGAUUUUGUGAACAAAUAAAGCGAAGGCACCCUGAUAUUACAUAUGCUGACCUUUAUCAGCUCGCUGGAAUUGUUGCAGUUGAAGUAACUGGAGGUCCUGCUAUUGACUUUGUUCCAGGUCGCGCUGACGCUGAUGCUCCAGACGAAGACAACAUCCCAAACCCUAGAGGAGGUUCGGAUCAUCUGAGAAAUGUGUUUUACCGAAUGGGCCUUAAUGACAAGGAUAUUGUGGUACUUUCCGGGGCCCAUGCACUGGGUGGAGCACACAAGGAUAGAUCAGGUUUUGAAGGCAAUUUCACUCGGAACCCUCUCAAGUUUGAUAACUCCUACUUUGUAGAACUACUAAGAGGUGAUACCCCAGGAUUGGUGAAAUUUCCAACAGAUAAGGCUCUUUUAACUGACUCUCGCUUCCGUCCCUUUGUUGAGCUCUACGCUAGGGAUCAAAGAGCAUUCUUUAGAGAUUAUGCAGAUUCACACAAGAAGUUGUCCGAGCUAGGAUUCAAUUAUCAGGGAUCCAACAUGUAUGAAGACGACAGAUGCUACGAGGAGGUUGAUCAGUGUGCUAAGCCUUACGGCGUAGUCAAUGAUGGCCGCUGUCCAGGACAAUAUGGAUACGCUCAACCCUAUUCGUCCGGAAAUGGCUGCUGUCCAGGCUACUGCUAAAUUGCCUGCUGGCCAUAUAUAGGCCAUAUAAUGGCUGUUAACUGUAACAGUCUUUACAAUCAACGUUAAAAUUAAUUUCUUGGAGUUGAUAUAUAUUUGCUACAUACAUACAAGUAUAUAUAAUGACUUCAAGAAUUAAUUGGCAAUGUUGUACUAUAUAUUUAUAUAUAACUAUGAAAUUGAGGUGUGUAAUAACAACUUGUUGUAACGGGGAAUACUGUACGUGCUAGGAACUUGCUUUGAGAAAAUCAGCGUUCCUGGCCUCCAUGCAUGCAAUAAAUGAACCGUAAACAUUAUUAUGAUAUUGAUCUUAAUGUGA